GGCCAGCCUAGUCAAUCCAUUAUGCGCUUUUUCAACUUAUUCAUUAUGAAUGUUCAUCAUGAUACAAAAUGGAAUUAUAUUUAGCUAUCACCCUGAUCACUAAUUUAUUAUGUAUACAUGUAGCAUCUGGUGUUAUCAAAAUAUCAGCUGAUCAAUGUGAUCACUUCAUAAAUAAAACAUCCACCUGCUACCAAGUCCACAAGGUCGGGGAAAAGGCAAUCCUGAAGAUAAACAUCAAUGGCAUGCACAAACCAGAUGAUAUCAAGUGGUUUCGACGUGUGAAAAUUCUUGGAAAAUCCUCGCCCCUACUGCUGAGCCUGGAAGAUGAAGGAAAGCUUCCGCGCAACAUGUUCCUGUCACACGAUCGCCGCAACCUUGAAUUGAUGAAGAUACGUAACUAUGAUAUGGCUAGCAACAGCUUUAAAGUUGAGGUGAAAUCAAGGCAGAAUUACAUCAAUUUUGUUAUUCAGGUCCACUCAAUUGACAUUGGUCCAAAGCCUCAUGGGACAUCCUUAAUGAUUGACAUCAAAGACUACAUCCAGCUACCAGAUUACGCAACAUCAUUCUACUGGUACAUAGAGGGCGCACAUUCCAUCCUCCCUGGUAACAUCAGACUACAAGAUGAGCGCCAGAAACUUGUGAUAAAACACAUAGAGGAAAAAGACUAUCAAAUGUAUGUGUGUGCCGUAUACAGCAACAAAAAUUACUUCCUUGCCAAACGACGAUUUCAGUUGUUGAAAGCUCAGAGAUUAACGAGAGAUCCUCAAACAUUCCCAAGUACUGUUUAUCGACCACUAGGGAGUUCAAUACAGUUUAAGGUUAAAGUUCAUGGAGUAUAUAAACCAUUGCUGAAGUGGUAUAAAGAUCAACGAUUGUUUACUUCGCAUCAUACUGCCCUCCUGAGUGAUGACCGUCAGCUGCUGCGUAUACCAAAAAUAGAGCGUGGCAUGUAUGGAACGUACACAUGUAGACUGCAAGGCACAGACAAGGACUCAUCAAUAAGUGUGGACUUCCAGCUGAAAAAGCCUGUUAUACCUAUCGAAGACAAAGUGUCGCACAACUGGAAUUUUGACAUUCUUCGAACAGAUGAAGAUGGGGUGGAGGUACUUGAUUCAGCGACGGGAGUUAGCAGUCGAGGAAAAGUCAGCCAUGGUUGCCUAGACAUCGUUAGAGGAGUGUCUAGCAAAGCAUUGGUUAUGAAUAUGAAGCAGAAACAUUGUGAUGGAAAACUGGAACUUCUUGAUACCAGUGCUGUCGAUGAAUGUGUCGUUGACCCUGAGGUUUGUCACGAGGGUUUCAGUUUAUCCAUCUGGUUGAAAUUAAAGCCACCUCCUCCAUCCAGGAAAACUGAUGUCUUAUGCACAAUUGAUCCUCAUGGUCUCUGCAUCACAUGCUCAAGCGGUCAGCCUGACAUACUGCAAUGUUUAAUGGAUGUCGUGACUGUGGAUCAGAUUUGGCAGGUUCCAUUCCAGCUUCACAGUAAACGUUGGCAGUUUGUGGUCGUUACGUGGAGUCCCAUCAGUGAGUGCCGUGUGUUCAUUAAUGGUGAAAUGGAAGGAUCAACUCUUGGUCAAAGUCUGGCAGAGCCUCAUGUAACAUCGCAGACACCUUUUGUCCUGGGAUUGGCCGAUAAGAGGAAACCUGGCACGUCGCAAUUGCGUGGUCUUGUGGAUGAGCUCCUUAUUUGGCACCAAGUGGUGCUAAGUCCGAAGCAAGUCGCAACAAUGUAUUUACAGUUUUAUGGUUUGGACAGACCAGAAUUAAAAGAAGUUGAAUACAAUCAUACUGUUGAAAUGGGUGACAGUCUUAAACUUACCUGCCCCUUUGAUAUAGCCCCUGUUUUCCGAUCACAACUCCAUUGGCUUGAAGGGAACAGAGAGGUUGAUAAGUAUACUGGACGGCUAUCAAUCAUUACACCAGUGGAUAUGCCACAGGUAUUCACCUGUCAGUAUUUCAACGGAUCCGAUGUGGUUUCCUCAAAGAAAUUCUUUGUCACUGUCGAAGGAUAUAAGUCAGCCUUGGCUGAAAGCUCUCAGCAUACAGCAGUCAUAUCAGAGAAUGAAGAACCAGAGACAGAUGAUGAUUCUCACCAUCAGAAAAUACAGAAGCAUCUUGACCAGAUAAAAGAUGACAUUGAUUUUAGAGACUAUCCUUGUCUUAGCUAUCCCUGUAAGCAUGGAGGUACUUGUCGACAGCGACAGCAUAAGUUCAAGCUGAAUGGUACACAACACUCAGCUUAUAGUUACCAAUGUCACUGCACCGACAAAUACAGAGGGCAUAAUUGUGAAGUGGAGGUAACAUCUUGUGAUGCAUAUCCUUGUGAGAAUGGUAAAUGCGUGGAUGAUGAUGCAACAGAUUCUGGCUUCCGCUGCCUUUGUUACCAUGGUUAUCAAGGAGAUACCUGUUCCGAAGAUAUCAACGAAUGUGAUGAUUUAAAUGAUUGCAGCCCACGUGCGGAUUGCAUCAAUUCUCACGGCUCCUACUCAUGUAAAUGCCACGCUGGAUUUGAAGGGGAUGGAAAACACUGUGUUGCUACUGUUGUCCAUGUGACCUUGCGAGAUCCUGGCAUAUGCACCAGUGUUUUAGCGAAGAGCAAGCUGUGUAUCAUCGAAACUGACCAGAUGCGUAAUUGUGAUGUUACAUUUGCUGUAGACAUCAGUGGAAUGUAUCAACAGAAGGAUGUGGUAUGGAGUAAACACUGGGCCAAAUUGAAUAAAAAUGGUCCUACUGCCAUUGAGUAUAAAGUAGAACCUACUAACUUUAUGGUGUCUGAUAAUGGAACCAGGAAGGGAAUCAAGUGUUGGGAAAGCGAUUUUUCUGAGAAUUAUUUUGUGGUUGAGGUGCGCAAUGGUCACAUUCCUCCACCGUCAUUCAUGUUUAAGUUGGUGCAUCAUUCCAUUGACCUCGGCCCUCAGAUACCAGGUACUCCACUUGAGCUUUCUGUUUACUACUAUGGGGUUUUCCCUGAUAACACCUGGACUGCGAAAUGGGUAAAUGAAGCAACAGGUAACUUCACCAUUGUAGCACCACCAAGACUGACCUACGAAUACCGUGUGGAAAGCUUGAAGCCUAGAGAUAUUGGAUUCCUGAUUUAUUAUGGUUAUGAUGCAGAUGGCUAUCAGGUUGCCUCAAGGACAUUCCAUGACAAGGAAGACGUGGAUGAAUGCUUAGAGAAUAGUCAUACAUGUGUAGUGGAGAUGUCAGAAUGUGAGAAUCUACCUGGCUCAUACAAGUGUGUGUGUCACACUGGAUACCAGGCAGAUGGAGCUACUUGUAAAGAUGUUGAUGAGUGCCUCAUAGACAAUCACUGCCACAAGAGUGCACUAUGCACGAACACAGCUGGCUCCUACUUUUGUACAUGCUUAGAGGGAUUUCAUGGAGAUGGUAUUGAGUGCACAGGAAUCGACUGUCCUCUAUUGGGUGACUUCACAAAUGGUCAGAUUGUCGGUCUUUCGCAUUCCUUUAAGUCUUUUGUUCGGUUCCGUUGUUACAAGGGUUACCGACUUGAAGGAUCACACAGACUACAAUGCCUAGAGACGGGUAUCUGGAGUGCACUUAAACCUGAAUGCAUUGAUGUUAACGAAUGUGAGGUGACUAACUACUGUGACAGUAACGCCAUUUGUCACAAUGAGCCUGGCGAUUAUCGAUGUGAUUGUAAGAGAGGUUACGAAGGGGAUGGAAUGAGAUGUAUAGACAUUAAUGAAUGUGCGCAACCUGAGAGUCCUUGUCACGAACAUGCCGUGUGCAUCAACAGGGAUGGCGGUUUUGGCUGUACCUGUUUCCAUCAGGCAAUAUCUAGUCCGCUAAGUGAUUGUACAGGUUCUUCAGAAUACAGCAAAGAUGUUUCAAACUUUGAAGAAACUGUCACAGCCCCUCCAUUGGUCCUCCAAGGUCAGAGUUCAGAGAAAGCCAAUUUUGCUGACUUAGCAGAAGUAUUUCCUUUUAUGGAAUAUGAAAACUUCAACACAUCAAUUGAUUUUCCUGGUCGGGCAUCUAUGGGACUAACCCAACAACAAUUGCACAAAGGCGAUCAUGUGCUGGCACUAGAGGGCAGUUCGUAUGACAUUCCGUGUAUCCCAUACUCCAUCAUGAACAGCAUGGUUAUGCUGGAUCCAGAAUACCUAUGGAUCAGAGACAGAGGUGCUAAGUUGGAUCCAAGCCACUAUGAACCAUCUGAAAAUGGGAAUCUACAUUUCUACACUGUCAGUGCACAAGACACUGGUCCUUUCAAAUGCCGUAUCAGCUAUUCCGACAUAAGCGGUGAUGGCAUUAAGGAGAUUACAUACAGUCAUCAAUUAUCAGUAUUCACAACAGCCACCCCUUUAUGUGACAUAUCUGUUACAUACUUCACUGAAGCCUGCCACCACGCCACCAACUAUGAACACCGCAACACAUUUCUAAGUUCCCUGGCAAAGAAAGUCUGCUUACAAGUUGGCUGCACGGUUCUUGAGUUUGACAUGGAAUGUCACCGUGUACAGGAGAAUGUUGGGGCAAAUUUCAAGAGCGUGCACCAGUUGAAUUACAAGUUUACCCUCCAAGUGAACAUCCGCGAAUAUGUGCUCUGCAAUGUCAGUUGCAUUGUUAUGCAACUGCAGUCUCAUGUGGGACAGGUAUUGAGUGCACUGGAUGAAUUUGUUCGGCAAGAAGAGUUGAAGUCAACAGCGGACAAUGUGUACAGGAUCAUGAGUAACAGUUGGGCACAUUCCAUUCGCUUCGUCUGCCGUGAAGGUUACGCAAUACGUGACUACAUUUGCGUGACAUGUCCGCCAGGCUCAUCGAGUAAGGGGGAGGCUUGUCACCUUUGCGGGCAAGGGUAUUAUCAGAGUAACUUCACAUCACGUAAUUGCACCGCUUGCCCUCAUGGCCACGUUACUAAAUCAAAAGGAAGUACCAGCCUGGAUCAAUGCUAUGUAGAGAAACUUGGAGAGAAGAUUCUUGGUGGAAUAAUCGGUGGUGUUGGUACAAUAGCGUGCAUAUUAUUUGUGAUUAUUUAUAGAGUUGUUGUCAGGAACUGUAGAGGGUCUGCACAAGACGUUGCCCUCCGCCGUCUGUCUGAGGCUGUUGAAGACACCAUGGAAAUGGCUAAAGACACCAUCAAAGGUGCUGCAGACGAGCUGGCUUUCAGAGCUGAGAUCGCCAAGUCCGAGUAUGCAGACAAGAGGUCGAGGAAGUCUCGCAAAAAUAGCAAUUCAAGUGUAUCGGGCAAGAGGAUGUCUAAGAAGAAACUAAAAUCGAGUGGUAGUUCGAAAGAGCUGUUGUCAAAGAGUCCGAGUGAACAGUCAUUAUUAUCUGAAACAGAUAGUAACCAGGAAAGCCAUCAUGUGCAUUUCCCAGGAAGUUCAGUUAGUGUCAAGGAAACUGAUCACCAAGUUCAACAUACCUCAGAUACUUCCCACAAUGCUUUGCUAGUUAAUGAUGUCAAUGAACAAUCAAGUCAUUGGGCAGAGUAUUAUAACUCCCAUAAUUCAUUGAUGGAACCAUGGUCGCAUCACAGUUCGCAUAAUGAACCUGGUGACACUGCAUUCGGUGUUGACUCCAGACAGAAAGCUCACUCAGAUUCAACAACGCAUUUUAGAAAGAAUCACCAGAUCCAUGUCCAGGACUCAAAUAGUUCAAAGCAUUCAGAAUUGGAGCGAAUUAAUUUUGAAUAUUCAAAUUACAAAAUUGAUGAACAUGGUCAUGAAGAUGCUGCCGACAUCACACACGGGACACUUGAGGAUGAGUACCACAGUAGCUGCGAAAUACUUGACUCUCCCAGUUUCCAGAAUUUGACAAGAGUAGAAUCACCAGGUGUAUUUAGAGGUGAAGGGAGUCAUCAAAGUUUACCAGAAACAAAUGCAAGAACCAAGGACCGAUUCAGAGAGCAGAUACCAUUAGUUAAGAUUGGUCAAGAACAGAAAAACCAAACUGUCAGUCAAGCCAGUAUAAGACAUUCAUUGAACACCAAUAUACCAAUACCUCCGCCCCCACCUCCUCUUCCAGAUUACUUAGCAGAGAUUGACAGUAACACUUUCGGAUUUCCACCUCCUCCAUCUAACUUCUGAAAGUUUAAGAAAACAAGUAUAAUCUUAAUAUAUUAUUUUUUUUCCUCUGUGGGAAACUUUUCCUUUCAAAGCCAUCAAAUUUUAUCAGCAACAAAUAAUGGAAAAGCCGAAGAACUAGAACAGAUAUCAUUAAUUAGUAUGGAACAGCAACAGAAAAAAAACAAAUUGUCAAUCAAACCAGUGUAGGACAUUCAUUGGACGAGAGUUUGCCGAUAGCUCCGCCCCUUUCUAAAUUUCUAAACGAUUUUGGGUUUCCUAUGAUUCCAUUUAACUCCUGGGAGAUAAAAUGCAAAUGUGAUAUUACUCUAUUGGAGUAUAUUCCAUUCAUUUUUGGGCAAGAUUCUUAGAAAGUUAUACUUCGUCAACCCAUUAAUUAUGUUUGUUGAUAGUUUCCGAUUUCUUCCUAGAAUGAUAAAUAUAUUCCGGUUUGAAUGCCAUGGCAAUUGUGACAUCGUCGUUUAGUCAUUACGCCAAAGAUGCAUUUUAACAUAUUUAUCACUAAUGAAAAAGUUUCUUCAUCAUUCAAGCUCUUGUCCAUUAAGAACUCUUGUUUAUUUUCAUAUACGUGCUUAUUGGCCUUUGUGUUGUGGCAGAGUUCGUGGCAACGUUCGUGGCAGUACCCAGUGAUUCCACGGAAGACAAUAAAUUCUCGACUGUUACACAAACAAUGCCACGAUCGUUGCCGAUCGACGGAGUAAUAAAAGCUACCGUUGUAGAAAAUCUCGAGUAACGAGUGAUACUUAAUGUGAUCUCUUGUUUACAUCAGGUCGCGAAUAUGAUGGAUCGUCCAGCUAAUAUUCAGCUCAGUUUCUUACGAUUUGUUUGGGAGAUUUUAUACGAUUGUUUGUGCUUAGUAGAGGUGUCUAAUUGCCGAUAUUACAAAUACGCCGUUGAGUCACCGAAGAGUGUAUUUUGUCCCGUAACUGUGUAUUACAUCUUGAAAACAACUAGCUGCGUAGAAGCAAUACACUCUACACACUUACUCAUUCCUAACACUAAUUUAUUUCCUUUUAAAUGGUGUGUAGUGUUUACUUCGGCGUUUUCUAAUGACCGCCGAUGUAAAGAGAAAGGUACUCGUGGAGAAAAUCGACGAGUUUCUAGUUUCGAGUUCCUACGAAAAAUGUAAAACGCCGCUAUGAACAGCCUUAAGUUAUAUGCUUAUCAAAUUGACGAAUUUUAUUGUUGGUGCAGCAUUAUAAAAACAUUAGGUCAGUUAUACUUUUUGAAUUCAUAUCGAGCCAUUUUUGCAACUGGUUGAUCAUAUUCAGAACUAACACGUUCCGAUCCCUCAAUCUUAUAUGUUACGGUGAUCUAGACGUCUGGUUAGGGUUAUUUCUUUUGUUCGUUGAAAAUGAAAUAAGUAUAUUGAAUGAUAUUUAUUUGUAUGAUAAAAAAAAAAGCCAAGACGGACUGUUUUGACGACUUAUUGACACAAUUACUACGUUUACAGUUAUCGAUGUAUCCGCAAUGACAAGAAGUUAAAAAAGCAUAUGAAAUGGCCUAACAGUGACAGACCCUAGGCCUAUUGACACAAUCGUGCACAAAAAAGAACGUUUUCGCUUCUUGCUUGUUUUUACAAACUAAAAAUUAAGAUGAAUGCCUUCCAGUCCCAUGACUCUCAAAUUCUCUCAAAUAAAUAAUUUUUUCUUCUUGUCAGUAUUAUGUUACUAUUUAUAAAUCUUCACUUUUUCUAUGCUAAUACAAAGUUAAAUGAGGAUGAACUAUGAAAAACCUUUUUAUUAUAGCAAUAGAUGAGGUAACUGAAAGACACGAGAAUAUUUCCUUUGCGCUGUGGUCAAACGAAUUACAGUACCCACAUAAACUAUCGCUCUUACGUGCACAAGAACUGUAAUAAACGGAGGUAGUAUAUAACCUGUCGUUAUAUUAGUAUUAGUACAUCGACUGGGAAGUCGACUAGAAUGACAGAUAACAUUCUCAUUGAAUUUGUAAAUACUGUAUAUUGAAAAUAAAA